CUCCAACUCAAACGUGUGCGACAAGCGCAGGCUGUUAGGGUUGAAAAUAGAGUAUGCGAACGUGCAGCCCGGCCGCAGCGCUACUUGCCGUCCACUAGAACCCCCACGGAAGUAGAUAUUAGCAAAACAUCGCCCACGCGACUACUUCACUGCACGCAAGAACACCGUUGCGAAACCCCGCACAAAAAAGUCGAACCCCCGACCACGACGAUGUCGUCCCUCGUGUGGCUGGGGGUCUCUAUGGAGGUCUGCGCCAGCAUUGUCGGCACGAUUGGUAAGCAGAUGAUCCGCCACGGGGCGGUGGCGAAAAAAUCCCAGUACAUCGAAAAACUUUUCCAGUACACCGGGCUCUUGCUUACUACCCUCAUCGGCCCAAUCCUCGACCUCGCGGCCUACACCUUCGCCCCGCAAUCCAUGAUCGCACCCUUCAACGGCCUGGAUGUCGCCUGGAACACGGCGCUGGCCCCUUUCACGUUAGGGGAGACCCUGACGAAGCGGAAAUUGAUCGCGAUCUUGACGGUGGCCGCCGGGGUGUUCAGCACCUUGGCUUUUGUCCACAUGGAGGAGCCGGAGUACACGUCGGACUACAUGCGCGAAGUGGUGUUCUCCUGGCGAACGUUCGUCUACUUAAUCCUAUUCGGCUGCUUCAUCGGCUACAAUUUGCGAGUCCAGAGGAGAUACCCGAAGGGAGACAAUCGUCGGGGACUCUCACUGGGGAUCACCGGGGGAUCGUUAGCCGGGAACAUGUUUUGCGUGAAACUGAUCGGGGAAAUCAUCCAGGACUCCGCUUCGUCCGAGUCGUUUUUCGAACGGUUCGGCCAGUGGUUUGAGGAGGACGCGCUGCUGGUGUGCGCGCUGCUGUUUGGGACGGUCCUGUUCUCGGUUUCGAACAUCAAGUUCAUGGCCGAGGGCAUGCGGGAGUUCGAAGCGCUGUACAUGGUGACGCUGUAUGAAGGUGAGUAGAAAGUGAUUGGUCUCGGCAAAGAGCCAUUUUUUUGUCAUGCUCUUUGAACAUUCCACUUAGUGUGGUGUUAUGUAUGCUGAACUUCAUCAAACCUGAAUGUAAAUCCUCUCCAAAGGUAGCAUCAUCGUUUCCGGCUGUCUUUGCGGUACGGUCAUCAUGCGGGACUUCGACCGAGGGAGCUGGUUCAACCCGAUCGGCUUCUACGCCUGCAUCCUUCUCAUCAUCCUCGGUUUGUAUCUCCUCUUCGUCGCCCAGAUGCGGGCCUCGUCGUCCCUGUUCGCCGGCACGGCGUCGAUUGUGUUGGAUAAGCGAGAAACGCUUUCGCUGCGACCGAGCAGUCCAGGGGCUUUAUCAGAGACGAAUCCGGACCAGCCAUUGCCACGGUUGAGCAGAGGAGGUGGGGUGGUCAGCAAUAGGUGUGCCGCUUCUGGUGCACCAGCGCAGGACUGUGCAAAAGACUCGGCUGCUCUGGGCGUCGAGAAGCUCGAGAUUGUGAUAGACGUCGAAAAUCAAAAUUCCGACGACCAAAUAAGCAACCUCGGAGAGCACAAUUUGCGGAUAACGUCCACUUGUAGUUCCCAGCAAACUGCAGGCGAGCAACAGCAGCAUCUUCAUCAAACGACGAAAGCCAGUAACUCCACCAGCGAGAUCAAGUCCGUCGAAGGAACACCCAGUGGACAGUUAACCGAAAGCACGACGGGGCAGCAUGAAGCGGAGAACGGGUCUUCGUCGUCCUCCAGCAUGAACAAUAUCCGCGACGGGGGGAACGGAUCGAGUGGUUGUACGUCUAGCGGUACUACAAUUACAAUGCAGGAGACGGGAAAGAGUAAAGUCAUGGACGGCAAGGGCAAAGGGGAAAUUCAUGACGAUGGCCGCGUGCAAGGGGACUUUUUGCCAUUAGCGUGCGCGACAAUUGAUGAAGGAAAGGAGGUUCUUCUGCUCUCCCGACAGGAACAGCAGCAAGUUCCGUCGACGAUAGUCGUGCAACUACACCAGCUUCCGGAGCCAAAAACCUCAUCUGCACAAAGGACGAACUACACCACCGGUGCCAAGGAACCUUGCUGCGGAGUGUUCGCGAAAAGUAGUAGUGCCGCUGCAACUUCUUCUACCGGUAGUAGUGAGGAGGUGCAAGAAGACCACGGCCACACCAGCGACAACGCUGGCGCCUCGUUGCAAUCGCCUGGUUCUGAGCAAGAUCAACAGCCUACUAGGGUACUAUUCGCUCCGUCUGUGAACGAAGCUUUGCUCCCCUCACCAUUAGAGGUGUUCCAGGAAUACCCCUUUCGUCGGAAUCUCAGCUUGGUCCGGCGGGAGGAGGAAGACGAGGAAGAGUCAAGGGCUGGAAGCACGGAGAAAAGACCGGGAAAGUAGGUGUAAACACAGUUGAUCUUUUUGAUUAGGCAAUUUGUCAUGGAAAAGUUACACCCAAGAUAUUGUAUCUGAUUUGGCAAAAAUGAUGUGGAAAGAACGUCGUCCCGUUUCAAAAUGCACCAAAUUUUUGAGCAAUUGCAAUUCAGUGUAGGAUGUCUGUCUUGUUUCGAUAGGAGGGCCUAACAGAUUUGAACGAGCGAGGCAACCGCAAAAAGAGCAAAAACGGUUCGCGGUACAUCGAUGGAGCAUGGCAUGCAGCGCUUGUAAGCAAAUUCCAUCUGAU